CAUGCAUGUCCAAACAAUAUGGUGGGCGUUUUGGGGAGAGAGAGAAGAGAGAGAGAGAGAGGGAGGGAGUAAUGGACAUCAUCAGAUCGGAGAUGCAAAUACUGCUCCAUCUACAUGUAUGUAUGUAUGUUAUGUACAGAGGGGGAGAGAGAGAGAGAGACCGAAAUCGACGGAGCCGAAGUUUGAGGGCCUCCUGCGCAAUGUCAGUCCCACAAACACCCCAAACGACACCAUGCCAAGAGCCCGAGACAAUUCAGGGCAAGCCAAAGUCUUGCAGAUCUUCUUUUCCUUUCUUUCCAACUCCAAUUUUUCAAUUUUCUCGAUUUUUCCAUCGAAAAAUGCCCUUUUCUUGCAAGAAACUCUCUCUGGACUUCUGGUCAUUCUUUGGUGGUACGGUCAGAAACGUCUAAUUUCUGGGGCGCUCUACCUGUUGCAUGGUAUGGAUCGGCUCUAUGCUAGGCAGCUGAAUGCUGGCAUAUAGAAUUAGGGUUUCUCUAUACUUGGCCGAAGCUUGGGUUGGAAGCUGCAAAUGGGCACUCCAGUAAAUAUUAGUGCUGGUUCUCAUGUCUGGGUUGCAGAUCCAGCAUUAGCUUGGAUUGAUGGACAGGUAGUAAAAAUCAAUGGGACAGAAGCUGAGAUUGAAACUAGCAAUGGGAAGAAGAUUGUUGCAAAGUUGUCAAGAAUAUAUCCGAAGGAUAUGGAAGCUCCUCCUGGUGGAGUUGAUGACAUGACAAAGUUAUCUUAUUUGCAUGAGCCUGGAGUCCUGCAGAAUUUGAAAGUCAGAUAUGAACUCAAUGAAAUAUAUACAUACACAGGAAAUAUUCUUAUUGCUAUCAAUCCAUUCCAAAAAUUGCCUCAUCUUUAUCAUGCUCACAUGAUGGAACAAUACAAGGGAGCACCUCUUGGAGAAUUAAGUCCUCAUGUCUUUGCAGUUGCUGAUGUUGCUUACAGGGCAAUGAUUAAUGAAGGCAAAAGCAAUUCCAUUCUUGUCAGUGGUGAAAGUGGAGCAGGCAAAACUGAGACCACAAAGAUGCUUAUGCAAUACCUUGCCUUUUUGGGUGGCCGAAAAGCUACAGAAGGACGCACAGUUGAACAACAAGUUCUUGAAUCCAAUCCAGUUCUUGAAGCCUUUGGCAAUGCUAAGACUGUUAGAAAUAACAAUUCCAGCCGUUUCGGUAAAUUUGUUGAGAUCCAGUUUGAUAAGCAAGGAAGAAUAUCAGGAGCAGCCAUUAGGACUUAUCUUCUAGAGAGAUCUCGUGUUUGCCAGAUUUCUCAUCCUGAACGGAACUACCACUGCUUCUACCUUCUUUGUGCAGCACCACAGGAGGUAAUUGAGAAGUAUAAGUUGGGAAACCCCAAAAGUUUUCAUUAUCUUAACCAAUCAAAUUGCUAUGAGCUGGUUGAUGUGAGUGACGCUCAUGAAUAUCUUGCCACUAGGAGAGCUAUGGAUAUUGUUGGAAUAAGUGAAAAGGAACAGGAAGCAAUUUUCAGAGUUAUUGCUGCAAUUCUUCACCUUGGGAACAUUGAUUUUUCUAAGGGAAAGGAAAUUGAUUCAUCAGUUCCAAAAGAUGACAAGUCCAAAUUCCAUCUUAAAACAGCAGCAGAACUUCUCAUGUGCGAUCCUCUGGGCUUGGAAGAUGCAUUGUGUAAACGUGUGAUGAUCACCCCUGAAGAAGUUAUAAAGCGAAGUCUUGAUCCUCUUAGUGCAGCAGUUAGCAGGGAUGGUUUGGCUAAGACAAUAUAUUCACGACUAUUUGAUUGGUUGGUUGACAAAAUCAACAUAUCAAUUGGCCAAGAUCCAAAUUCAAAAUCUAUAAUUGGUGUCCUUGACAUCUAUGGUUUUGAAAGCUUUAAGCAUAACAGUUUUGAGCAGUUCUGCAUUAAUUUCACAAAUGAAAAGCUGCAGCAACAUUUUAAUCAGCAUGUAUUCAAGAUGGAGCAAGAAGAAUACACAAAAGAGGCAAUUAAUUGGAGCUACAUUGAAUUUAUUGAUAACCAAGAUGUCUUAGAUCUUAUUGAAAAGAAACCAGGUGGAAUAGUUGCUCUUCUUGAUGAAGCCUGUAUGUUUCCGAAGUCAACACAUGAAACGUUUUCAAACAAGCUAUACCAGACAUUUAAAGGUCACAAGCGCUUUGUCAAGCCAAAACUAUCUCGUACAGAUUUUGUAAUUUCACAUUAUGCUGGAGAGGUUCAAUACCAAUCAGACCAAUUUUUAGACAAAAACAAAGACUACGUGGUUCCCGAACAUCAAGACUUGUUGGGUGCUUCAAGAUGCACCUUUGUGGCAGGCCUUUUUCCUCCAAUACCUGAAGAAACUACCAAAUCUUCAAAAUUUUCUUCAAUUGGUUCUCGUUUCAAGCUACAACUACAGCAAUUAAUGGAGACACUAAAUGCUACACAGCCUCACUACAUUAGAUGUAUAAAGCCAAAUAAUCUUCUGAAACCUACUGUAUUUGAGAAUGCCAAUGUCAUGCAACAAUUACGAUGUGGUGGUGUCCUGGAAGCAAUCAGAAUUAGUUGUGCUGGCUACCCUACUCGUCGACCUUUCUUUGAAUUCAUAAACAGAUUUGGACUUCUUGCACCAGAGUUUUUGGAAAGGAACGUUGAUGAAAAAGUUGUGUGCCAAAAGAUUCUUGAGAAGAAAGGGCUUAAAGGGUUCCAGAUAGGUAAAACAAAGGUUUUCCUAAGAGCUGGCCAGAUGGCUGAAUUAGAUGCAAGGAGAGCAGAGGUACUUAGUAAUGCAGCAAAAACAAUUCAACGGCGUAUAAGGACUCACAAUGCUAGAGAACAGUUCAUAACAUUGAGGAAAGCAGCUAUUUACAUUCAGUCUCUGUUGAGAGGAAGACUUGCUUGCAAGCUUCGUGAGAGUUUGAGAAGAGAAGCAGCUGCUUUGAGAAUUGAGAAGAGCAUACGUAGGUAUGUGGCCAGAAAGGCCUAUAAAAGGCUGCAAAUCUCAGUAGUUGUGCUGCAAACAGGUUUACGUGCCUCAGAUGCUCGUAAAAAAUUGAGAUUUAGAAAGCAAACAAAAGCAGCAAUUAUUAUACAGGCCCGGUGGCGUUGUCAUAGAAUUUCUUCCCACUAUAUAAAGCUCAGAAAAGGAGCAAUGGUUACACAAUGCAGGUGGAGGGGAAUAAUUGCCAGGAGAGAGUUAAGGAAGCUCAAAAUGGCUGCAAGGGAAACAGGUGCACUUAAAGAAGCAAAGGAUAAGCUUGAAAAACAUGUGGAAGAACUCACAUGGCGUCUACAAUUAGAAAAACGUUUAAGGACUGACUUGGAAGAAGCAAAGGCACAAGAGAUAAUAAAACUGCAGAAUUCUUUGCAAGCUAUGAAAAGCAAAAUUGAUGAAACAAAUGCAUUGCUCAUCAAGGAACGAGAAGCUGCAAGAAAGGCUAUUGAAGAAGCACCUCCAAUCAUUAAGGAAACCCAAGUUUUUGUAGAAGAUACCAAAAAAAUUGAAUCACUUACAGAAGAGAUCAACAGUCUAAAGGCCUUGUUGCAGUUGGAAAAAGAAAAAUCAGGUGAGUUGGGAAGGAAAUAUUCUGAAUCUGAAGAAAUCAGUGAGGAGAGACGAGGAAAGUUGGAAGAAACAGAAAAAAGAGCUCAACUUCUCCAGGAAUCUUUGAGCAGGCUAGAAGAGAAGCAUGUCAAUACGGAAUCAGAGAAUAAGGUCCUUCGUCAACAGGCUGUGUCCAUGGCACCUAACAAGUUGCUUGCAGGACGCUCAAGAUCAAUUCUUCAGAGGGGUUCUGAUAGUGGUCACUUUUUUGUGGAUACAAAGGCAGCUUUGGAUCUGCAUAGCCCUUCACUAACUCAAAGGGAUAUUUUGGAAGUAGAGGAGAAACCACAAAAAUCACUUAAUGAGAAACAGCAAGAAAAUCAGGAGUUGCUCAUUCAUUGUGCCGCAAAACACCUAGGCUUUGCAGGGAGCAGACCAGUUGCCGCCUGUAUCAUCUACAAAUGCCUCCUACAAUGGAGAUCUUUUGAAGUUGAACGGACUAGUGUGUUUGACCGAAUCAUUCAGACCAUUGGUCAUGCCAUUGAGACCCAGGAUAACAAUGACAUCUUGUCCUAUUGGUUGUCCAAUGCCUCAACACUUUUGCUGCUACUCCAACGUACAUUGAAAGCAAGUGGUGCAGCUGGAAUUACUCAUCGUCCCAGACCAUCCUCAGCAGCUCUGUUUGGACGGACGACUACAAGUUUCCGAGGAACUCCACAAGGAAUCAAUCUUUCUUUUGUAAAUGGUGGCAUUACUGGUGGAGCAGAAACUUUGCACCAAGUUGAAGCCAAAUACCCAGCUUUGCUUUUCAAGCAGCAACUUACAGCAUAUGUAGAAAAGAUUUAUGGAACAAUUCGGGAGAAUCUGAAGAAUGAGAUUUCUCCGUUACUCGGGCUGUGUAUUCAGGCACCAAGAACUUCCAGGGCAAGCUUGGUUAAGGGAUCAAGGUCAGUCGCAAACACAGCAGCACAGCAAGCUUUGAUUGCUCACUGGCAAGGGAUUGUGAAGAGCCUUCAUAGUUUCUUGAGCACUCUAAAAGGAAAUCAUGUACCCCCAUUCUUAGUGCAAAAGGUGUUCACACAAAUGUUUUCAUUUAUCAAUGUUCAAUUGUUCAACAGCCUUCUAUUAAGGCGAGAAUGCUGUUCAUUCAGUAAUGGUGAAUAUGUUAAAGCAGGGCUAGCUGAACUGGAACGCUGGUGUCAUAACGCAACAGAUGAGUAUGCAGGCUCAGCUUGGCAUGAGCUCAAGCAUAUCAAACAAGCUAUUGGAUUUUUGGUUAUACAUCAAAAGCAUAAGAAGACACUGGAUGAGAUAUGCCACAACCUGUGCCCGGUGCUUAGCAUACAGCAGCUGUACCGGAUUAGUACAAUGUACUGGGAUGACAAGUAUGGCACGCAUAGUGUGUCCUUAAAUGUUAUUUCCAGCAUGAGGGUGUCAAUGACUGAAGAUGCAAACAAGGGACUUAGCAAUUCGUUUCUGUUGGAUGAUGAUUCAAGCAUUCCAUUUUCAGUUGACGACAUAUCGAAGUCAAUGGAAGAAAUAGACAUCUCUGACAUUGAACCACCGCCCCAAAUUCGUGAGAAGUCAGGCUUUAGCUUUUUGUUGCCGGGUUCAGACUAAUAAUUAUUCCCAUGGUGUUCAUAUUGGAACUGGAUGGCCUCAACCCUUUAUACAGUCUCAUAUAUAUUAUAUAUAGAUUCGUAUCACAGGUAGCCUAGGUAGUAAGUUAAUUGUGGAUGCCGCAAGGCUACUGCAUUUUUCAUGAACGUCCUUUGGAAUUUCGAACAGGCAUGUAAUGCAUGAGUAGGAAUAGGAUGAUGCCUUUGACCCGGCUACAUAUAAUCAGAGAGAGAGAGAGAGAGAUGUUUCCUUUGUUUUCGGGGUUCACUUCAGUUCAGUUGUAUUGUACCACCAGUUGCUUCCGACUCCUGAGGAAAAGCUGAACGCAUUUUUUAAGUUGUACAAUAAUUAUUGUUGCCUUCCAGCUUCCUUUGUUUUCCGGAUUCACUUCAGUUUAGUUGUACGGUUGUACCAAUAGCUGCUUCUCCAAGGAAAAGCUGAACGCAUUUUUUGAGUUGCACAACAAUUAUCGCCGCCUUCGGGCUUUUGAGCUAUAUUAUAUGUAAAAAUGAAAAGUUUGCAGCAUUUUUUAGC